AUGUCUGAUCCAGAUAAAAGACUAGAAACAUGCACAGAUUGUGAUCCAAGGAGCGCGUCCGAGAUCAAAGUCGAGGCGAAAUCUGAAAAUCCGUUGGAUGCGAGCACCUUUGAACCUCCGCUAGCCCCCAGAUACCCGGUAGUCACUAUCGAAUACUGUGAUAGAUGCCGAUGGCUUCACAGAGCUACUUGGAUAGCUACAGAACUGUCUGUCACCUUUCCACCCCCUCAGAUACAGACUAUCAGCUUGGUGGCUGCCGCAGCUCCUCUACCUGCUGGUCGUUUUAGAAUGUGGCUUGCAGAAGCUCCUAAUGGCGCUCAAUCUGAUCCUAUUAUGACGCUCAUCUGGGACAGAAAGGUCGAGGAUGGAUUCCCAGAUUUGAAAGUAGUCAAGCAGCGAAUUCGAGACAAGGUUGCACCGAACAUGUCCUUGGGCCACUCGGAUCGCAAGUAG